CACAAACAAUCGUGAAUUUGCCGCCAAUGCAGUAGGUCCAAAAUCACCCUCUGUGUUUGUGUUGUGGCCGCAUAUUCUCACCCUUUGGAAUAAUGGCCAAAGUGCAUAUAGUCAACGUGGUUAUAGACAACCCUUCGCCCUUUUUUAAUCCUUUCCAGUUCGAAAUCACCUUCGAGUGCGUCGAGGACUUGCAGGAAGAUCUUGAAUGGAAAAUUAUAUAUGUUGGCAGUGCAGAGAGUGAGAAUUAUGACCAAAUUUUAGACACAGUUUAUGUAGGACCUGUACCCGAGGGGAAACAUAUGUUUGUAUUUCAGGCGGAUCCACCAGACCAGUCAAAGAUUCCAGUUGGUGAUGCAGUUGGUGUUACUGUAGUUCUCCUGACAUGUGGAUACAAGGGUCAAGAGUUUGUACGUGUUGGGUAUUAUGUCAACAAUUCUUAUACUGAUCCAGAGCUACAAGAAAAUCCACCAGAUAUACCUCAGUUUGACAAAUUACAAAGAAAUAUUUUGGGAUCUCAGCCUCGUGUAACAAAGUUCAAAAUUGACUGGGAUGAUGCAAGAGACUCGGAAAACAUUCCACCCUCAGAAAAUGUUGCAGAGAAUUCCUCCUCCUCACAAACCACCACAGAACAGCAGAAGCCAGUUCCUAUGUUGGAAAAUAGCAAUAGUGCUUGUGCUAUGGAAGUUGCAUGAGAUUUGUAAUAUUGUUUAUCGGUUAAAUUGAGUUUUCUAACAGUCUAGUGUCUUGCUCUAUUUUUCUUUUCCAUGAAGAGGACUGUAGGUUUGUGAAUUCUUGGCAGUUAGCUGCCAUUCAGUAUUUCUAAGAAAAAUUAAUACAAU